CUGAGGGUUCCUGGGACACCCCUGGGGGUCCCUUCCAGCCAGGACCCCCCCACCUGAGGAUCCCUGCAUGGAGAGCCCCCCGGUGCCACCCGCCCUGGACGUGGACAAGGCCGUGGCCACGGCCUUCGUGGUGCUCCUGGGGCUCUUCCUCCUCGCCAUGACCGUGCGCUGUGCCCGGCUCGUGGUGGAUCCCUACAGCGCCAUCCCCACCUCCACCUGGGAGGAGGAGCCCAUCAACUGACCCCCCCAACCCCCUGGGACCCCCAACCCCAUCCUCACCUCCACCUGAGAGGAGGAGCCCAUCAACUGACCCCCCUAGGACCCCCAACCCCAGCCCCACCUGGGAGGAGGAGCCCAUCAACUGACCCCCCCCAAACCCCUGGGACCCCCAACCCCAUCCCCACCUCCACCUGGGAGGAGGAGCCCAUCAACUGACCCCCCCAGGACCCCCAACCCCAGCCCCACCUCCACCUGGGAGGAGGAGCCCAUCAACUGACCCCCCCCAACCCCCUGGGACCCCCAACCCCAUCCUUACCUCCACUUGGAAGGGGGAGCCCAUCAACUGACCCCCCCCAACCCCCUGGGACCCCCAACCCCAGCCCCAGCCCCACCUGGGAGGAGGAGCCCAUCAACUGACCCCCCCAGGACCCCCAACCCCAGCCCCACCUGAGAGGAGGAGCCCAUCAACUGACCCUCCUUAAACCCCCUGGGACCCCCAACCCCAUCCUUACCUCCACUUGGAAGGGGGAGCCCAUCAACUGACACCACCCCCAGACCCCCAAACCCAUCCCUAGCCCUGCCUGGGAGGAGGAGCCCAUCAACUGACCCUCCUUAAACCCCCUGGGACCCCCAACUCCAUCCCCACCUCUACCUGGAAGGGGAAGCCCAUCAAUUGACCCCCCCAAACCCCCUGGGACCCCCAAACUCCACAGCACCCCCUCCCCACAUGGUGCUCCAACAACCCCCAGCCCCACAGGACCCCCUGCCAUCCCAAGGCCACCCGAAGCCAGACAAGGCCUAGAAAGCAGGUAGAGAGUUAAAAUCAGAAUACAGGCAGGUCAGAAUAUAGGCAUAAACGAGAGCACAAAGGAUGUACUGCCAGAACCUAGAGAUAGAGAUUAGGUGGCACCGUACACUAAAAGAAUGCACACACACCUAACCUAAGUAAGAUAAGGGGUGACAUGGGGCUUGAGUCCAAGAAUCUUGCAAAAUUCACCAUGAAGUCGGCCAAAACCAAGAAAGUUGAAAAGUUCAUGAAGAUGAUGGAGCCUGGGCCAGGGGCUGAUAAGGAUGAAGAACAGGAACAACCCUCCCAGAUUCUCCCCAAAUUGAAGACCACGCCCCAGACUCCGCCUAGACCCCGCCUAUUAUGAAUAUUAUAAUUAGAUGUUGCAAUUAUAUGAAUAUGUAUGUAGAUAUGUUGCAAUCACUCGUAGAAAUUGUAUAAAAUCCUGUAAUUUCACUGGAGAGACAGAGCAGUUUGUCCAGCUGCUCUCCAACGUUGCCUCAUAGACACAUCUCGCCGCUUAAAGACUAAAUCUCGUCUCUGAGC